AUGGAGAACCCAGUGGAAGAUGUCUCUGCCGUGAUUCAGAUGUUGAUCGAGUCGCCUCCAUCGCUGCAGCAAAGGGCCAUUGAACGAUUCUUUACACCGUCCGCAGAAUUUGUGCAUCCCUUCUGUCGUGUCUGGGGCUACAAGGGAAGUCGCUGGGCUGUGAUAAAGAUUUUCCAGUGGUACAAGAUCAUGUCACCUCGCAUUGAACACCAAAUCCAUUCCAUCGCAUUCGACAAAGAUAACCUCAAGCUCUACGUGAACAUGUCGCAACUCUUCUCCAUCUGGCUCUUCCCAUUCCAUGUCGCUCCCGUCACUCUCACCUCCGUCCUCACUCUGACGACCUCUCCUGGUGAAGAGAAGCAUACAACAAACGGCACCCGCACACACUACUUCAUUGCCAAGCAAGAAGAUCUAUACCAAACGUCAGAGUUUAUCAAGUUUGUCGUUCCGCACAUUGGUCACCUAGUUAUCUACGCAUGGCAGGCUUUUGCUACCCUGUUCUGCUUAUUUGGUGUGGCUCUCUUCUGGCCUCUGGUCUGGUUGGAAGAGAGAGGAUGGGUCCCUGGUCGAGUGCUGCGUGGUGGAAACUUGGUUUCUGACAUUGACAAGAAAAUUCCGGAUAUUAAGGAAGCGUAA